AUGGCAGGUGGAAAAAACAAUGGUAACCGGGGAUGUUGGGUGUUCUUCGUGGCUAUAGUGGUGGUUUCCGGCAAAGAUGCAGAAAAUCAAUUCAAGUUCAACGAUAAUGAGGCAGAUUAUACUAUAGACGAUGAUAACAUUGAAUUUCAGAAAGAACAAUCUCAUGUUACACAUGAUUAUGUAUCUCCUGGUGGAUCAUCGUAUUGGAUUCCUGUUGUUUCAGACAACAUCAAACCUAAAAUCAAUUCAAUUUUUGAUUCAUAUACAACAACAUUAUCAAUGUAUUACAAUUAUGCAUCAUUAGCAGGUUUUGAUGUCAGGCUUGGACCAUUUAGAACAACCGAAUCUGGCAUUACCACACAACGACAUUUGUUAUGCAAUCGGGAAGGUAAACCAACAACAUCUAAAGUGGAUACCUUGGACCCUCAACAUAAUAAGAUUCAGAGAAGGAAAGACUCAUUUAGGUGCGAAUGCAAAACGAAAAUUGUUGUUAUUCUACUACAUAGUACUAAUAAAUAUAAUGUUGUUGAAUUUGUUGAACAACAUAAUCAUAUGUUGUUUGGUAAGGACAAUAUGUUUUUGUCUCAUACAAAGAGGAAAAUUGAUUAUUCACAAGAGAUGUUUAUUCAUAACUUGUCAAAGCAAAAUAUUGAUGCCUCAAAAGCACAUAGAUUGUAUUCCGGACUUCAAGGUGGUUCUGACAUUCGAGGUGGGUUGGUUUCUGAUUUCAAGAAUAGUACGAGAAAUCUCAAUUCUUACAUAGGUGACAGGGAUGAAAAAUUCCUUGUAUUGAAGAUGCUGGAGAGGAAAAAAAAUAUCCCAAGUUUUUCUUUCGAUUUUAGAGUUGUUGAGAAAAAAUUGAACACGAUUUUUUGGGCUGACAAAACUGCAAAGUACAACUACAAUGCUUUUGGAGACGUUGUUUCUCUGGAUGCCACAUUCAGCAUGAAUAAGUAUUAUUAA